AUGGAAGCCGGGUAUCGAUUUACAGCCGACGAAGAUAAUGAUGGGGUAGAACAGAACACUCACGAUAUGCAUGACCACCCUCAGAUAUCACAGCUAGACGAACCGCACAAUCGAGGGGAGCUAUCUCAUGAGAGUUAUGGGACUUCGGUUCUUGACAAUAUCGACAAACUCCCUAUAGCGCGAUACUCGCCUCUCACGAUCCAAAUUUUUGUUACGAAAAAUGUACCAAGGCCCAACGAGCCAAAUGAGUUGGAGAAUAAACUCAAAGAGUACUCUUGUGGUGACAUAGUCAAUGGCUACGUCAUCAUCAACAACACUUCACACGAAGACAUCGACUUUGGUCUAUUCGUCGUUAGUCUUGAAGGAACUGUUAAGGCUCUUCCGCAAGAUUCAAGAGAAAAUGAUGCGGGCAAACCUCCCUCGAAGUUCAUGCUAAAAAAAUUCCUCAAGAUGUACGACUUGAAUGCUAGUUACAAUUACGGCGUUAUUCCAAGCUCUGCUGGAAUUCAGUAUGACGCAAACAGUCGAGAUCACUAUGAUGGUUGCAUUCUUGGACUUCCGGAUGAUAGGGUUCUUAAGGCUGGAGAGAAGUAUAAGAAGUUCAUAACCUUCAAGUUUCCCGAGAUGCUUCUCGACAAUGCAUGCCCUCACGAUGUCAUGCGACAUACCAUGCCUCCUCCCUCAUUUGGGACAGAUGAAAGAUUUCUUAACGGGCAGUCUUUGGAGGUUAAUAAAGCACUUGGUUAUGGGACAUCAAGUGUCAGAGGGUCCCCUAUAAAAGUUCGGGACUUCUCAUUUGAUAACUUAAGUGUGAGCUAUGCAAUUGAGGCCAAGUUUAUUGAUAAAGAAAAUUUGGAAAAGCUGGAAAAACUACUGAAUGGUGACGAAUCACGCUAUGUCGUGUCCAAGAAAUCCCAGUUUUUUUUACGUUUCGUUCCAGAUGUUAAAGCUCAAGUGGAAGCAUAUAGCAGGGCCUACCGGGAUUUCAAGGAGGAAACAUUCGAAAAAAUUGGAAUAGAUGGAAUGUUCUUUAAUCAAUUGACUUCAUCUUCCACUUGGAAUACGAUUCAUCAAAUGAACAAGUUGAUUGAAGAUGAAAUCAAAUCUGAGACGACUGCCUUGGAAGAAUCUUCAAAGGACCAAAAAAGGAUAUGGGAAGGGUCCCCAUCUCGAAGCAUUGAGACUUCCAAGGAUCAAUUCUCCAAUUUGUCGAGCCAAUUGGUACAAGAGAGGGAGGUUGAGUCACAUGCCACCACUAUAUUUGCGAAGAAACGAAAGCGACUCCUUCCAGUUUCUUCAGCGGUUGGAGAGCUGAGAAUGGCAGUCCAGAUACCGGAUAAACUAAUCCCCUACGUCUCUCCACGCCUACUUCAGAAAUAUAACCAAGGCAACCCUUGUUCUCAAUUGCAAUCGCUUUCUAUUCAAGGUGAUAAAAACGCUCUUGCACCUGUCAGCAGCAAUAUGGAAGAGCUAUACAAUCGAGACGAUGCUUUCUUGAUGAACAGUGUUCUGACGAAGAUUACAUUCCUUAACAACGAGACUGUUGAAAAGCCACCAGGAAUUAGUCAUAUUGACUUUAACAUCGUCGCAUGGACAUAUCGAACCGAAAAUGGCCCUGUCUUCAACGGAUUUUCUUUUGGAGCCAACAAGAACGUAAGUGGAGAAGCAGUUUUUACUACUUCCCUUGUUGGGUAUCCUGAAUCGAUGACAGAUCCUUCGUACAAGGGUCAGAUUUUGUGCUUCACUCAACCUUUGGUGGGAAAUUACGGUGUUCCGUCGUCAGUUGCCAAAGACCAAUUUAACUUGUUGAAACACCUUGAAUCUCCUCAGGUGCAGUGCAUUGGCAUAGUUGUGGCAGAUGUGGCGCUUGAAUAUUCACACUGGACGGCCGUAGAGUCGCUUCAACAAUGGUGUCAGAGAUCCGGAGUAGCGGCUAUAAGUGGAGUUGAUACUCGCCAGCUCGUCAGCUAUUUGAGAAGCAAGGGCUCAUCUUUGGCUAAAAUUAGUAUUGGAGAGGAGUAUGAUGCAGAUGAGGAUGAGGCAUUCGAAGAUCCUGGAUCUGUCAAUUUAGUCCGCCAAGUCACUACCAAGGCACCUUUCCAUGUUCGUUGCCCUGAACAGUUUAGCAAAGGAUAUCACAUAGCAGUGAUCGAUUGUGGAGCUAAGGAAAACAUUCUUCGUUGCCUCGUCGAAAGAGGCGCUUCUUUGACUGUAUUUCCAUACGAUUAUCCUAUUCACACUAUUUCAAAAAAGUUCGACGGGUUGUUUAUCUCUAAUGGUCCCGGAGACCCAACUCAUUGUUCCCAAACCGUUUACAAUUUGAAGCAGACAAUAUCGAAUAAUCCUGAAUUGCCAAUAUUCGGAAUUUGUUUAGGCCAUCAGCUACUUGCGCUUGCAAGCGGCGCUCGGACGGUUAAAUUGAAGUACGGAAACAGAGCGCACAAUAUUCCUGCGUUAGACCUCGUGACUAAAAAGUGCCAUAUCACAUCUCAGAAUCAUGGUUAUGCUGUCGAUGCUUCAACUUUGUCUAGUGAUUGGGAGCCGUAUUUCCUCAACUUGAAUGACUUGUCAAAUGAAGGUAUGCGCCACAAAGUGAGGCCUAUCUUCUCCACACAGUUUCAUCCUGAAGCGAAGGGAGGACCACUUGACACAUCAUUUCUCUUUGACCAGUUUUUCUCAUACAUUGAAAACCACAAAUCGUCUCAAACUACAGGUCUGAAUUACGUUACUGAUUCUUUGAUAGCGGACAUCCUUCCUUCUCAAAGGGUUUGA